CCGACGACGUUUCGUUGCGCUUGCACCUCUACAAAUGUCGAGUUCUGGUUCCUUAUCUUCACCUACACCACCCGUUCUACACAACACUGACAUCACACCAGCGCUCCCGGCGCCGGAACCGAACAAGCAUAUCGUUGUGCCACCAUGGAGGACGCCGCAACCACCACCACGACGGCCCGGAAGCAGGUGGUGCUCUACCCAUCGCCCGGCAUGGGCCACCUGGUCUCCAUGAUCGAGCUCGGCAAGAUCUUCGCCGCUCGCGGCCUCGCGGUCACCAUCGUCGUCGUCACCCUGCCGUACGACACUGGAGCAGCAACGGGGCCUUUCCUCGACGGCGUCACCGCGGCCAACCCAUACAUCUCCUUCGACCGCCUUCCGCCGGUCAAGCUCCCGUCCGUGGAGUACAACCACCCCGAGGCGGUCACCUUCGAGGUCGCCCGCGUCUCAAACCCGCACCUCCGAGACUUCCUCGCCGGCGCCUCCCCGUCCGUCCUCGUGGUGGACUUCUUCUGCGGCAUCGCCCUCGACAUCGCCGAGGAGUUCCGGAUCCCCGCGUACUUCUUCUUCACCUCAGGCGCCGGGACCCUGGCUUUCUUCUUGUAUCUCCCGGUGCUGCACGCUCGGAGCACGGCGAGCUUCCAGGACAUGGGCGAAGAGCUCGUGCACGUACCGGGAAUCCCGUCGAUUCCUGCGACCCACGCCAUCAAGCCGCUCAUGGACCGUGACGACGAAGCCUACAGAGGGUUCCUGAGAGUAUCCGCCGACCUGUGCCGCUCCCAGGGCAUUAUCGUGAACACCUUCCGCUCGCUCGAGCCGCGCGCCAUCGACACGGUCACCGCCGGGCUCUGCGCACCUUCUGGCCUCCAGACGCCUCCGGUGCACUGCAUCGGGCCGCUGAUAAAGUCGGAGGAGGUGGGCGUGAAGCGCGGCGAAGAGUGCCUCCCGUGGCUGGACACGCAGCCCAAGGGCAGCGUGGUGUUCCUCUGCUUCGGCAGCCUCGGCUUGUUCAGCGCCGAGCAGAUCAGAGAGGUAGCCAAUGGGCUAGAGGCGAGUGGCCAAAGGUUCCUGUGGGUUGUGCGGAGCCCGCCCAGCGACGACCCGGCGAAGAAGUUCGAGAAGCCGCCGGAGCCGGACCUCGACGCUCUCCUCCCGCAGGGCUUUCUGAGCCGGACCGAAGGCACGGGCCUCGUGGUCAAGUCGUGGGCGCCCCAGCGUGACGUGCUGGCGCACGACGCGGUGGGUGGGUUCGUGACGCACUGCGGCUGGAACUCCGUGCUGGAGUCUGUCAUGGCCGGCGUGCCCAUGGUGGCGUGGCCGCUGUACGCGGAGCAGCGGAUGAACAGAGUGUUCCUGGAGGAGGAGCUGGGCCUGGCCGUGGCGGUGGAAGGGUACGACAAGGAGUUGGUGAAAGCCGAGGAAGUGGCGUUGAAGGUGAGGUGGCUGAUGGAAUCUGACGGCGGGAGAGUGCUCCGGGAGCGGACGUUGGCGGCCAUGCGGCAGGCGAGGGAGGCGCUGCGCGUGGGCGGGCAGUCGGAGGCGACGUUGACGCGGCUCGUGGACGGUUGGAUGCUUGCUUGACGUGGGACAUGCGCCCUGGGAUUACCUUUGGUUCAGCACCGAAAGAGUCACUGACGCAUUGAAGUUGGGAGCUCAGGCGAGCCACCACAUGCUUGGAUAUGUGUGCGUGUUAAUUUAGUUUCAGGCAAAGUUGAUAACUUGAGUACCUUGGUCUUUUGAGAAUUAUCAAGAUGAUGGCCUUUGUAGUAAACAGUUUAGCUAUAUAUUUGUUAGACGACAUAGAAAAAACUAUUCCCUUCGUCCAUAAUUAAUUGGGGCCGGUAUUUUUCAAAGAAGCUCCCGUAGAUUUCUGAAA